AUGGGCUUCAUCAUCGCUUCGACGUUUAGGAUUAAUUAUCGGCGCGAUCAGCUCACGUUGCAGGGAUCAACACUUUCAACCCCUAAAGAACAGCGCAAACGAAAGAUGAGGGAUCUUGAACUUCAAUUCGACUACGCUCUGACGAGGAACAUUUCUUACUCGGGGAUUCGAAAAUCUAAAGCCGUUUCGGACGUCGCGUUCGACUCUGACCACCUUCUUCUCAGCUUCAAGAUACGGCUCCACAAGAAAAACCGAGGAGCUCCUCUUCAACCGAAAAUCGACAUGGCAGGUCUGAAAGACGAAGGAAGCAGAACGAAAUUUCACCAGCGGGAAAAUAAGCCUCUUAGACGGCCGGUUGGCUACUUUUGGCAUAGGCUUUGCCACAAUGAGGAUAUUUACGCGGAAGUUGAUGUGGUGUACCGGCAAAUGACACGUGGAAGAUAUCAACAUCUCGCACCGCCAUCGAAAGAGGCUACAGAAAAUUAUCUUCGCUUCCUUGGUCAUGCAUUAAGGAGACCACUAGAUCGCUCUGUUCAACGAGUUCUGGGGAGUCUGUCGGGUUCGAGCUGGAAGAGGCCACCUGGCUGA